CAUACAUGCAUAGUAUGCAUACAUUUUGUAAUAGAAUACACCCUUUCUCCCCAACAAACAAACAACACAUACAAUCAUGCUACCAUUUUAAUAAUAAAAUUAAAAAUCAAAAUAUUUUCCUUUUUUCUGGCUGCGCUCGAUCUUUGCGACUCCCCCUUUUCCUCUUCGAUCUUCCAAAGAUUAGGGUUUUUCGGCGUCUCCACUUCUCUUCCAAUUUCAAUUUCUCCUUUUUAAAAAAUAUCUUUGCUAAAUAUCCUCUCUCUGUCUUUCUCUCUCUCUCUCGAUUCGAUUCAUUUUCAGAGCUUACAGAUCUUCAGCUCUAUCCGUGUUAUCCCUUUCUUUAACUCGUCUGUUUCCCUCCACGAUAGAUUCGUUUGCUCACUCAAGAUAUGUUCUGGAAGCUCACGGCCCUGUCAGCAUCGUCUCCUCUGGAUACCCGUUGUGCUAAAGGUUGAGGCUGUGCUGGACAAGGAAAAUUUUACAUUGGAAGAGCUUUUGGAUGAGGAAGAGAUCAUUCAAGAAUGCAAAGCAUUAAACAGCCGGCUUAUAAAUUUUUUGAGAGAUAGAGCUCAGGUCGAGCAACUGCUGCAUUACAUUGUUGAUGACCCUUCCGAGGAUGCAGAUAGCAAAAGAACCUUCAAGUUCCCUUUCAUUGCUUGCGAAAUUUUUACAUGUGAAAUUGAUGUAAUCUUGAAGACUUUGGUGGAGGAGGAGGAGCUUAUGGACUUGCUCUUCUCUUUUCUGGAACCAAACCGUAAUCAUAGUGCAUUACUGGCUGGGUAUUUUAGUAAGGUUGUCGUGUGCUUGAUGAUGCGGAAGACUAUCUCGCUAAUGAAUUAUGUCAAGAUUGAUUGGUAUUCUUUGUAUCACUGUGAUCUUAUAAGAGAUUUUCUCCUUCGAAGGAACUUUCAGAGGAGGAUAUAUUUUCUGUACAAGUUUUUCCAUUUGCCCAACGAUCUUGGUUCUUUGCAGGCCCACCAAGAAGUUUUUAAGCAGCUGGUUGAUUUGAUCGGUAUCACAUCCAUCAUGGAGGUCUUGGUGCGACUUGUUGGUUCUGAUGACCAUCUCUACCCCAAUUCGUUUGAUGUGAUGCAGUGGUUGGCUGAUAGCAAUCUGUUAGAAAUGAUUGUUGAUAAACUUAAUAACACAAAUCCUGCUGAGGUACAUGCUAAUGCAGCAGAAACACUAUGUGCUAUAACUAGGAAUCCGCAAUCACCUCUGGCCACUAAACUAUCUAGCCCAAGCUUUGUGGAAAGAGUAUUUGGUCAUGCGCUUGAAAACUCGCCUUCAACAUCGGCCCUUGUUCACUCGCUCUCUGUUUGUAUUUCUAUAUUGGAUCCAAAAAGAUCAAUUUCUUCCUCAGUGAUGCACGCUUUCAGAAGUCAACAUGUUUAUGAACCACCAGCACAUGUAAAACCAGAUACUGUUGGUGCUAUGCUUCCGAAACUAGGGGAGAUGCUAAUGCUUUUGAAUGUUACAUCUGAUGAGAAAGUUUUACCCACAACGUACGGUGAAUUGAGGCCUCCCCUCGGACAAUACCGUUUAAAGGUUGUGGAAUUCCUUGCUGUGCUGCUAAAAACUGGCAAUGAAGUGGCAGAGAAGGAAUUGGUUGGUUCUGGAACAAUCCGGAGAGUCUUCGAUCUCUUUUUUGAGUACCCGUACAAUAAUGCUUUGCAUCAUCAUGUGGAGAGCAUUAUAUAUUCAUGCUUGGAAAGCAAAAAUAGUGCCAUCAUAGAUCAUCUUCUCCUUGAAUGCAAUUUGGUUGGCCGAAUUCUUGAAAGUGAUAGAAGUCCCAACCUUUCUUGUGAAAAUAAUCUGUUCAUUAUGAUUCUGUGCUCCUUGAUGGAUAGAGGAAAGAUGAAAGUUAACACUUGCUUUCUUGAGAGAAUGCAUAUCCCUGGUGAACAAUCUAUCCCAACUAAGCCAGCUUCUGGAAAGCAUGCUCCUCGAGCAGGGUACUUUGGGCACCUGACUAGGAUCGCAAAUAAAUUAGUUCAGUUGGGAAACAGUGUCGUUCAAACACAUCUUCAGGAGAAUAGUGAGUGGAAUGAGUGGCAGAAGACCGUCUUACAGGAGCGUGGUAUGAUUGAGAAUGUUUACAGAUGGGCUUGUGGGUCAGCUGUGACACUUAUAGAAUUUCCUCUUCCCAUUUUCUUCAAAAAGACGCUCUUGUUCAACUGGACUGCAGUUGCGAAAAUGAUACUAAUUCUUGCCCUCCUUUGCAGCCGUCCAACUGCACUACAAGACAGGACCAGGGACAGUGAUGAGGAGCCGGACGUUCAUGAUAGGGAUUAUGAUGUUGCGGCCUUGGCCAAUAAUUUAAGCCAAGCAUUUCGAUACAACAUAUACGACAAUGAUGACAAUGAGGGCCAUGGAUCUCUAGAUCGUGAUGACGAGGAUGUCUACUUUGACGAUGAAUCUGCAGAAGUCGUAAUAUCUUCCUUACGGUUGGGUGAUGAGCAAGGGAGCUUGUUCACAAACUCCAACUGGUUUGCUUUCCAAGACGACAGGAUUGGCGAAAAUAUCCCAAUAGACACCUCGGCAUCCGACACGCUUGACGGUCUAAAACCGAGCGGCGGUAGCAGCAGCGGCAGCGACGAUGACGUGGUGGUCGGUGACGACAUUGAAAUUGCCGCUGCCUCCACCAACGGCUCCUUAAUUCCCGGCACCACCAAAAAUCCCUUUGACGAAAUCGAGUCGGAAAAUGGGCCCCACAAUGACGACCCGUUUGGAGACAGGCCUGUGCCCGAGUGGGUAGCAUGGGGCGAAGGGCUUGGUGAAGGGUCCACAGUGAACCCUUUUGACGACCCCAACAUAAACAUUGAUGAUGAGGGUGAUGGUUUGCCAAACGGGACGUCGAGUUCCAGUGAAGCAGAAGAUUCGAGCCACAAUAGUGUUGCUGUUGUUGUGCCGUCUUUGUUUGAGGAAGAUGUGGAGUUUGUGGGUGUGGAGGUGGAAGGCACGGAGAAGGCCAUGGAGCAGGCUUUGAAGGAAGGGAUUGUUGGUGAGGCUGGGCCGUUGAAGAGGAACCUCUCAUCGCCUAAAAAGCCUGAGACUGAGGAAAGUGGUGGUUCUGGGAUGGAUGAGUUUAAUGAUGCAAACUAUUGGAGGGUUGAUCAGGAGGUGACUGUGUUGGAGUGAGACAGUUUAGGGGAGGGGAUUGGAUUGGAUUGGAUUGGCCAAACCUCUGAGUUGAGUGGAUAGAUUGGGAUAGCGGAAUUGCGGGUUAUGUUUAAUGAUAAUAGUGGUUGGUUGUCACUUGUCACUGGUNAGGUUGCGUCAGUUUUGUUAU